GCAGACCCCGUUCGAUAGCGCUGACGCGUCGCAUGAGCGCCGCUUGYUGGACCUGUGGCGCAGCCUGCGCCCCGACGAGCCCCUGCAAGUGUUGUCAACCGUUGUCAGGUUCAAGUGGAUGAGCCCCUUUAACUGAGUGUUUUGUGGUGGCGCAGCCCCUUGAUAUGCUAGACGAACAGCUGAAGAACCUCCUGGCCACCACUGCGUCGAUUUCCACCGUUCUGCAGUUUCUGUCGGGCACGAUCACCUGCCAGCGCAUCGUGCGCAACAAGAGCACGGGGGAGAUCUCGGCCUUCCCCUUUGUCAGCGGCUGCCUGUCCACCGCGCUGUGGCUGCGCUAUGGGUUCCUGAUCCAGGACACCUCCAUUAUUCUGGUGAACACCAUCGGGGUCUCCCUGUUCUUUUCCUAUGUGCUCGUUCUGUUCCUGUACAGUAUUAAAAAGAUUCAGGUGCUGCGCCAGUUUCUGCUCAGUCUGGGGCUGUUGGUGGCGGUGCUGAUGAAACUGCACCGGAUGGAGGACGGGGCGCAAGCCCACCAGUUUCUGGGGUACACCUGCAUGGCAGUCACUGUGCUCUUUUUCGCUGCCCCCUUUGCCACCCUGCUGCAGGUGAUCAGGAGCAAGAGCACCGACAGCCUGCCCUACCACCUCAUAGUGGCCACAUUCCUAGUCAGCCUCCAGUGGCUGAUCUACGGCCUCAUGCUCCAGGACCCCUUUAUCCAAGCUCCCAACUUCCUGGGCUGCGUGCUGUCGGGCCUCCAGCUCAGCCUCUUCCUCAUCUACCCGGCCAAGGCCCACGGGGCCUCAGUCAUUUAAUUAGUGUUUAGUAAACGUGGCGAAUAAACAGUAAUUUUGA